CGAAAUUCUGCUAAUACUUUCCGUAUUCGAUAUAUAUCGAUAAGAAAUCGACAUCAACGCACAGAUGUUAAGCGUGCAAUUUAACAGCUGUUCAGUCACAAAAAGAUCUUGGGACCACAAGGAUUUGCUUUUAUUUUUAACAAUUAACACAACACCCGCCAGCCGCCAAAAAUGGAGCAGAGGCAGAGGCACUAAGAUUCAAGCGUAUUAUGGAAACACUACCAUGUGCCAGCGAAGUGGCACAUAUGACGGAACAGCAAACUGAAUCCAUUGUAAACAUAAAACGCAUUUCGGUGCCCUUUGGAAAUCAAAGUUUGAUGGACACGGACAUGGCCAAAGCUGAGGAUGUCACGCAUUUGCUGAAACAAAAGCCACAGCAUACGGAAACUCUUGUUAGCGUCUCAGGCCAGUCCCACCUUGCAAAUCUCGGCAGUAUCGACAGCCUCUGCGAGAGUGUGGUUAAUAUACCUAAGGAACUGAUUCUCAUUUCAAUGGUGGCUCAAGAGCAGGCGCUCUACAAUCCCAAGAAUCCGCUCUAUCGCAGCACAAAGAGCAAGGAUGAGAAAUGGAGUGAAAUUGGCACUCACGUGGGCUGGACAGAUACGCAAUGCAAGGCCAAGUGGAAGGCAAUGAGGGAUCAAUAUUGCCGCGAGCUAAAACGCGCCAAAGCUAAUACCAAAGGCAACGUCAAGUGGAAGUACUUUAAGGAUCUCGACUUUUUGCGUCCCUAUGCGUUGGCACGCAACUAUCGCUCUCGUGGAUCCCAAAAUAGCAAUGGCAUUUUGACGGCUAUAACGCUGCCAAACAUUACCACGACAACAACAAUUACGAACAGCAGUAACAACAACAGCACCAACAACAAUUCAUUUAGCAAUAGCAGCAGCAACAGUCAAAAUCUUAAUUUGUCUGCUGAGACAACCAAAUUUGCCAGCAUCAAAAUCGAGGAUAGAAACGGUUCGCUCUUGGAGACCUGUAGCUUCGUGCCAACAGCAACAACAACGGUGACAACAGCAGCGACGAACGCAGUAACGCUUGAUAAGAAACCGGAUACAACGCGUGGCCUAAGCACUUUUGUAGUUAGCCAUAUGAUACAACACCAGCAGCAGCAGCAGCAGCAGUCACAGCAGCAGGAUACCAAUUGGAACUAUAUAACCGAUGCAAGUGGCAAUGGCGUUGGCUCGGCCACAUCAAUUACAGUUACCUGCGAGACACCGAAUCAAUCGGCUAGCGAUACGCUGUACAAUGAUUUUGUGGAUUGCGUAAAUGUUGGCAGCGUUGUGAACCAAUCGUCCACGCACAAUCAUCAAACGAAUGCGGAUGAGGAGGACGAUGAUCCCAUACACACAUUUCUCAAUAUCGAGAGCUACUUUGAGAAGGAGCUGAUCAUGCUGAUACAGCAGGAAGAUAUGAUCUACAACUAUAGCAAUCAAAACUAUCGCAAUGUCAAACUAAAGCUGGAAGUCUGGGAUGAGAUAGCACGCAAGCUUAAAAAGCCAGUCAAGCAAUGUCGGGGGAAAUGGAAGGCUUUGCGGGACCAAUAUGCACGGGAGUACAAGCGCAUAAAAACACAGCUGAAUGUCGACGUCACAUCGCGAUGGAAGCACUAUGACUCUCUAAGUUUUCUACAAAAAUAUAUACAACAAAAGUCACUAGACGGGGACGCAUUGAAUAUGCUGAUACCCAAGCAUGAUCCUGUUGCUGAACUGGAGGAAAAUAUGACCCAAUCGCCAUUGCGGCAUUCCGAGCCACAGACGAGUAACUUGGAAGCAUCGCCAGGUAGUUCAUCUCAGCUAAAUAUGUCUACACUGCCAACGCUAACGGGACCACACAAAGCCGAACUUUCCGUCACAAUGGAGCAACAGCAACAGGAAGUGCAGCAGCCCAGCGAACUGUGCGUGGCCAGCUAUGAUGAAAUGGAUAUAGAAAACUAUAUAAAUGGAGAUGUGGUGCAUGAUGAAGACGAUGAAAACGACAAUGAGGACAUGGACACGACGACAACAUCGGAACAGCAAACACAGCAGCAGCAGCAGCAGCAGCAACAACAACAACAACAGCACCAUGUGGUUAGCUAUGAAAAUGAGGAGGAUUCGGUUUAUAUGACCGUUGAAAGCGUUAGAAACGCGCUGUCCAAAUCGGAGCAACUGAACGAAACGGGCAGCAGCUUGGAGCCGCAGCAGCUGCAGCAACAACUACAAACGGCUAGCGACUAUACACAAAAGCUGGAGGUGCAUACACCCACGUCGACCAGCACACGAUAUCAAAAUGCAGCUAAUACACCAUCAACAUCUAGUCAGGCUGUCUUUCCGCUCGGCGGCUGUUCUAUGGCUGCGGAGGAGGAUGAAAUUGGGGCCUUUUUCAAGGCCGUUGCCAUGAAAAUACGCAAUGCACAACUGGAGCCGGUGGCUUUUACAGAUCUGCAAAUCGAUAUACUGCGGGUCAUCAAUGAAGCGCUGCGUAAUCACUAGGAGUUCAUCACUAGUGAAGGACGCGAUGAGAGAAAGAUCUCGAUGGACCCCCAAAUAUGGUUUCAAUACGUUGCGCGUUAGUAGCUCUUAAGUGUUAUUUGAAGCAUGUCUCUUCUGAAUUAUUAACUUGAUUUAUGAUUUAUCCUUGUCAUAUUUAAAUUUGCCCCAAACACACACACACACAUUUACACCAACAACGAAAGAGUUACUUUUUGUACAUAGAAAACUGUAAUGUUGUAAAACUUUAGUGUGCUUCCAGUUAACAGAACUGGAACUAAAAUACAAAAUUCUUAGAAGUCCCAUAUAACGAAAAAAAAACAUAAUGUGUACAAUUACGAAAUGGAACAACAAUAUAGUGAA